AUGACUGCUUCCACGGCUAGGCCAUUGCAGCUCGAUCACUGGGCCAACACAAAAGCUCCUCUCACUUCCUCUCAACGUGCUUCCGUCAAUCGCCUCGCAGAAUGGCUUCACAGGAACUCGUCUGAUUUCAGACAGCAACAGCAGCGUCAGCCGUCCCCCUCGUCUCAACCUGUCGAACAUCCCAGCCAGGCCGAAACCGUGUCCGAAUCCGCCGUCGACGAUGCAGCCAAUGCAGGCGGCGCCGAGGUUUCGAUCGCCAAGGGUAACCAUCCCAUCACAUUACCAGAUGCUGGCGCUCCGCUCGUAUCGGCUCAAAGCUUCCUCGCCUGGUAUACCCAGCUGUCAGACUCAGUCACAUCUUCCACGCAGACCUCGCAUCGCCAAGCAUUGCAGCGUAUCUCGGACACCACCUCCACUGCAGACAAUCUGCUAGCUCAGCUCGAAGCUUGUCAAGUCAACGUCUCCGAGCUACGCGCAGGAACUGCUUUCGUUCAAGAUUCGUCAAGAGGCAUUCGUGAACAGGCCCAAUCGCUCCUCGACUCGCAGACCCAUCUCGAUACUCUAGCAGAAGAUGUUGCCUCUCGCCUCUCUUUCUUCACCUUGCUGCCUUAUGCCACCAAUAUGCUCAGCUCGCCUGACUCCGCUAUCGUCUAUUCACAGUCCUUCCUCGAGCUUAUGGACCAGCUCGACAUGGCCCUCCUUUUUCUGCAGCAAGAACCGGCAAAGUCGUACCGGGACGCUGCGCUGUACCGCAUGCGGUACUCACAGUGCGUCACCAGAGCCGCCACUCUCGCAAAGAUGGCCGUCGUUCGUGACUUGAAGGCCGAAUCCGAGCACGUUUGGGAUCGGAUUAAGAAGCUCGAUUCUGGUCGCAGUACUUCCGACCCUAGGUCGGCAGCGUCCGCACCGGCGCUCGACUCCAAAGGCAAGGCACGCGAGCUUGCUGGUAGUACAACAGACGACGCCGACGAAUCUGCGCUCAAUCAGCAGGUGGCCGACGCUUUGUUCGGCGACGCAACACAUCAGAUCACCAAGCUUCGUCCGCUCAUCUUUGAGCUGCAGAAACGCGCCACCAACACCGCCGCCACUUCCUCCGCAACCGCAUCUACCGCCGCAGAGUUUAACUCUCUGCUGCAAGAAUGCAAAGCUGCUUGGUUCCAGUAUCGCCGUCCCUUCCUCUCGCGCAUCCUCUUGCAACGCAUGACAGAGAUCGAGGCGCAAGCUACAAGCGCGCAACCACAUAGUCAGCUUCAGCAACCCCUCAUUCAACAGACCCGAGCAGCGACUCAUCUUGCUCGCUUCGUCUUGCAAAAGGAGCACAACCUCUAUCAGCAGUUCUUUGGCGCCAGUGCGAGUGGUGACGUGUCUUCCAAUCUUGCCUCGAACCAGGGCAACGACUCGGAUGCAGCGCUCAGCGCAUACCUCACCGACCUUGCCGACCUUUUCACUGCGCGGCUAAGGCCAAAGUUGGCCAAAGAGGAAGACCUCUCAGUGUUGGCGCAAGCCUCUUCCCUCAUUGCGAAUGCCGUGCACGCUAAUGCAGCCCAAGGCACUAACGAACGACGACCUCUGUGGGCGCGCAGCUUGCUGUCGGUGCUCCACGAGGCGCAGUCCCGACUUAUUGCGCGAGCCCAGUCCAUCGUCUCGACCGACAUUGCCAACUUCACUGCGAGCGAGUCGGAUGGUGACCUCGAGUUCCCCGAGCGCAUCCGCACUUACAAAGGCGCCUUGCAUGGUUCCGAUGCUGAGCAAUUGACACCACCAGCAGCAGCAUCCGCAACAGCGGCUGGGAAAGCGCAGCACCGUCGCGCCAAGUCGGGCGCCGGCUUGCUCGAUGCCGCUCUCUCCGCAUCGCACGCCUCAUCAUCCUCAAAAGCGCAGCAAGAAAAGGUGCAGCUAUUUACACUUCCGCCUACGCUGCUAUCAACCUACUAUGCACCCGUCGGGUACACGCUCGAGCUGCUCUACCAUUUGCAGGCACUUGUGCCGGCGAACGCGUUUCGCCGCAUCGCGACCGCAGCUGUCGAUGCUUGUCUUGGUAGCGUCAGUAAGGGCGCCUCGGAGUUAGUCAAGCGCAAAAAAGGAGAUAGCCUGGAGCGCGAGGAUGCAUGGCUGUUCGAGCUGCGACAACUCGAGAUCUUGCGCGAGGUGGUGGUGUCAGCAGAGUUAGUGCUCAAGCAAGCGCACGAUCAGCAGACCACUGCAAGUAUCGCUUCAGCGACCAGCGGUGCACAUCGUGGUCACGGCGACGAGCCUGCUCACGUAAGCGCAGGAACGUCGGCGUCCAUGGUCAAUUUGUCGUCACUCGUGACCGCGAUCAACUCGCUCUGGAGCAACACAGGUCGUUUGCUGUACCCAUCCGCUUCUGCCUCUGACGCAGACUCGGUGUCAGCGACGCAACUCGAUAUGCAGCCGAGCUCAUCUAACGUAUCGGCCAGACUGCAGACGUUGAUCGAACAAGUCACCACCCACUGGUCCGAUUCGAUCAUCCUCCCACUGCGUGUCUACAUCGAUCAGAGUGCGGCCGAAGCGAGCGCGGCCAAGUUCAGCAGCACGUAUCAAGCGCUGGAGACGUGCAUCGAGAGCAUCGUGCCUGAAAAGGCGGCAAAGGUGAUGCUGUGGGUCGAAGAUCCGAAGAUGCACAGGCUGAUUGUGAACGGGGUCACGGAGAAAGUGGGCCAGGCGUAUGCAAAGUUCGCAGAGCUGAGACCUGCGGAUGGUGUGGAGAUGGAUCCGGUCGGAGAGAUGACGGAAAGGGUACAGGCGGAGUGGACGAAGGUGCUCUCGCUGUAA